AUGUCGAACGUCAAAGAUCUGCUUAAGGAGGCCAAGGUCGAAUUGUCUAGAGAGGAUUAUGUUGAAGCUGUAAAGAUUUGCAAGAAAGUUCUGAAUGCUGACAAGGAGAAUUACUUUGCCCAUGUGUUCAUGGGUAAGUCAUACUCUAACAUGGAUAACAGGAUCCAAGAUGCGAUUGAUCACUAUAACAAAGCUAUAGAGUUGCUACCUGAAGAAUUACUGGCGUGGAAAGGUCUUUAUCUUGUUUUCAAAGAAAGUGAUGUAAUACCAAGUAUUGUAAAUUUUGACACAUAUUUCGAAUUCUGUGGUGGGUAUGCAAGAGCAUUAGCCAAUAAAGGUGUUUCACAAGUGGAUUUAAUUCAUGAUAUCAGAGUUUUUCGUAAGACCCAUACUGAUUGUGAAGAAUCGUUCCUUAGACACAUGGUACCAGGAACACCAACUGCGGAACAACUAGCACGUCAUUUGAUUUCAGCACAAGAUGCAAUUUCAGGAUUAAUUAGAAUCUUAAACUCCAAGCAACAAGAUCAAAUUUCUAAGCAUGUGAGCCGUGAAAGAUUAAAAUUAAGUGCAAAUGAUCCAAGUUAUCAGGGAAAGAUUAAUACGCUGUCUUGGGAAGUUUACAAAGAUUCAGAAUUAGACGAUUUGUACAACCAAUUGAUCAAUAUCACAGAUGAUGAUGAACAGAGAAGUAAUUUGGAAGCUCAAUGGUUAGAAUAUAGACUCAAAGUAUUGAAAUCUACUCCACAAAAUCUCAAGGGCUCAUCUUUUGAAAAAUUGAAAAGGAUGACCGAAGAUAUGGUUCUGGUAGACCAUGCAUCCAUAAGACCAUGGAAAUUGUAUUUUGAAUGGCAGGAUUACGAAAAUUUAGAUUCAAUGGAUAUGGAUCUCAUUAUGAAGUUCUUUAGAAAAUUCCCUAUAGAACCACUAGCGGUUAUCCUAUACGCUUGGGUCUGCUCUAAUUUCUCACAAUACGAUACUAAAAAAUUGCAAACAGAAGCAGAGAAGAAAUCCAGCGCUCAGGAUGAAACUAAUGAAUUGAAUGAGAUAGAUGAAAGUGAGAAGCGUGCUCUCAAGGAAAUGAUGGAAGCAGAAAAUGAUACCACCACAAUGGCUGAAGAUGAGGUUAUGACUGCACUGAUGGAUAACAUCACAAGGGCUCAGAGUAGUGCAUUAGCUCACCGAAUAGUUUCACAGUAUUACAUAUAUUCUAAGGAAAAUGAAGCUGCUCUUACUUACGUGAAGAAAGGUGCUUCCUUAGUGGCAUAUGAAGUUCGGGAUUAUGGUGCUCAUCUAGUGAAUUCUAAAAGAGAAUUCACAUUGAAAUUGGCAACGCUUUACAUCUAUAUUGAUUCUCCUAAGAACCAUUCCCUAGCGCUAAGCUUGUUUGAGAAAGUAUUAAAGGAAAACCCGGAAAACACACAAGCGAAAAUGGGAAAGGGUCUAAUUUUCAUGGAAAGACAGAAUUAUACAGAUGCAAAACUCUUACUUUCAGAAGUCAUUAGCCAAUAUGCAGAUAAUUUGGAAUUUCUUUCAGAGUUAGCGUGGUGUGAAGCUUGUUUGGGAAAUCUAGACGAGUCCAUUGGUAUCUUGAACAAAGUUUUAACUUCUCUACAAGGGACCGAUUUAAGAACUUCUGCCUUUAGGGCCUUAAACAUUUGGAGAUUGGCGAAGACUCAUGUGUUGAAGCAAGAAAAGGAAAACCCUGAAGACCAAAAAUACGUCAAAAUUGCCUUUAGACUAUUGAUUCAAUCGAUCAAAGUACUAGAUACAUAUGCUCCAAAUUAUUCCGCAUUAGGUGAUAUCUACAACAGAUUUUACAAAGAUGGAGUAAGAGCUUUUAAAUGUUUCUAUAAGGCAUUUGAACUUGAUGAUUCGGAUUUAAUGGCUGCUAGAUACAUGUCUGAAAACUACACAGAGUUGGGUAAUUGGCAAGCUGCUCGUGUAGUAUGCGAAAGACUAGUAGGAUCAGAAAGAGCCAAGAGAGCUCUGCAAACGGUCAAUUGGCCAUUUAGAGUCAUAGGUAUCGCAUACCUAGAAGGCCAACAGGAGGCAAAUUCUAUUGAAUGGUUCCAAUCCGCCUUAAGAGUUAAUCAAUCUGAUGUAGAAGCCUGGGUUGGAUUGGGACAAGCCUACUACGCUUGUGGUCGUAUCGAGGCUUCCAUAAAAGUAUUCGAAAAAGCUAUUGAAUUAGAUUCAGAGCAUCAUUACGCCAAAUAUUUAAAGGCACAAUCACUUUCCCUAAUGGGUCAAUUCGAUGAAGCAAUCGACAUUUUAAAUGCAUUAACCGAAAUUUUACCUCAAGAAACGAUCUUCCAAAUGACCAAGGCAACCAUUUUGGUGAACUAUGCUCAUGAUUUGUAUUCUCAAGGGUUUUUAAUGAAAUCAGUAGCAACUGCCGCUGAUGCAAUUGGUAUUAUGCAAUUUAUUGCAACCGAGUUAUCUUUCUAUGGCCAAGCCUUGUGGAUUGGAAUAUUAAAGGCUUUGAAACUAUUCAUUUGGGUGGAAUCUAAAGUUGGUGAUCUUCCAGUAGAAGCUUUAAUCUCUACCUUUGGUGCCGUGUCUACUUCGAAUCAAGUUUUAAAUUCCAUUGAUGAGCUGGAUGGUAUCACACUAGACAACAUUUUGUCAGAAAUUGAAGACAGUAGUAUAUCCAUCGCUUGCAAACUAUUGAUCUUAUCAGCGAAAUAUGCUGUCGCAACAACUACUUAUGAAGCAUUGACAAGAACUGUGAGAUCUUCUCUUUGGUAUAACAUAGGGACAUCUGAACUGUCUGCUUACCACAUUUUGAAGAAUGACAAAUUUAGAGAUUCUGCAAUCGCAUCUUUCAAAAAAUCUAUUCAAUACCAAUCUAAUACAGUCGAGUCCUGGAUGGGAUUGGGUAUCGCCACGAUGGAUGUCAACUAUCGAGUUGCUCAACACUGUUUCAUUAAAUGUACCGCAAUGGCGCCUAAGGAGGGUUCAGUAUGGUUCGAUCUGGCAUUGCUGGCACUGCAAAAUAAUGAUGCAGAAUUCGCUCUAACUGUGCUAAAUAAGUCACAGAGCAUUGCGCCUCAAGAUUCUUCUCCAUGGCUAGGUAAUGCCUUGAUCUUGGAGAAACAGGGCAAGAUAAAGGAAAGUUGUAGAAUGUUCGCACAUGCGUUUAUUUUGUCCAAUGGUAGAUCCAAGGCAGCUCAACUCUAUUUUGCUAAAUCAGUACUUCAAAAUCGCAUUGGUUAUUCGGGUGAUGAAAGAGAUAUUUCCGCAGUGGAGGAACUGUCAGCGGUGGUUCACGGUCUGGACCAAUACUUUAAGAAAUCUCCAUCCGACUCCUUUGCUCUUCAAUGCGCACUACUAGCUUUGGAAAGAUUACGUAUUUUCCCUUACGCAACUGGUGUUGCUGACAGACUGGUUCGUUUAAUCGAAUCCCGUUUCGAGAAGGGUCAAGAUAAUGAUGAGCUUUACAAUUUCGCGGUAGUCAAAGCGCAAAUUGCUCGUGUUCAACUGGGUCUAGGUCAAUACGAUGCCGUGAUUGAAAAUGCAGACUUAUCGAGAAGCAUUUUGGUGGAUUUUGAGAACGAAAAUAACACUUCGAUUUUUGUCUCUAAUCAUAUCUGUCUAGCAUUAGCAUACUUCUUCUCAGAUAAUUUUGAUGAGACUUUAACCCAUUUGGAGGAGUUGUUAAGAUUAUCUAAGGAAUCCAAACAUCUCGUUAUUUUGAUCUCUAAGCUUCUGUACUCAGUUGGUUCUGAGGAUACGAAGACAAUUGCGAUUGAAGAAUUAACUGAAUGUCUCUCCAAUAAAAAUGGUGACCUGAUACUAUGCUUGACGCUAGCGGCAAUAGCAUUACUUGAGGGAAAACGCGAAGAUAUGUCCAUCGUCUUCGGCAGACUCCGUGAAACGCCAUUAGAAGAUGUAAUAGCGGAUGAACACCGUGAUCUACCCUAUUUGAUGGAUCUUCUAUACAAAAAGCUGUCUCAUGGUAAAUCUACAGGUAAUGGCGUAUCAUGGCAGAGAUCUGCGUUCUUUUUCAUGAACGAUAACAAAGUAUGGACCGAUUUGAGCAAGAAAAUUCAACAAAGAGUUGCCUCAGAUGGCCAAAACAAAGUAACUUCUCGCCAAUUGAGUGAUUGUUAUUGGUCACAAAAGAAUUUGAAAAGCAUACAAAGGAGUAUUUUCCUUUGCCCUGAUAAUGCAUCUGCUGUGUCUGCACUCAACCAGUGCUUUUAA